AUGCCAACCCCUAGAUUAAGUCAACAAGAUUUUGAAAGAAUUGAAAGAAACCAACGCUAUCAUGUUAACGACCUUUUAAAAAGUUGUUUCAAUGUUUUAGGGGGCAAUUUUUACGAAAGCCUAGCCAAAAAUGUAGAAAUUUAUGUCAAUUCAGGUAGUGGUGAAAGCGGUCAAAAAGAACGCAGUAAUGAAGUUAAAAAAAAGUUGAUGGAAAUGUUUUUCAAUCCUGGUUCUCGGCAAAAUCUCCAAAAUGCUAUCACCAAAAUUGAACCCUAUUUUGAAGGUAGUCAGUCUGGAGCCUCGGGUAGAGCAAGAACCUUAUUUCGUAAUUUUAGAUAUUAUAACGAUAUGAUGUUUGGAGCCUUUGACCAUUUUGCUGAACACUUGGGUCGCACCCGUCGUGCGGGUCUUAAUUAUUCAGAUGGUCGUGAGCCUUCACCUAGGUUGGAAGCCGUGAAAGAGUAUUAUAGUCUGAUUUGUGUGGUGCGGGAAAUUUUGGCAACCAUAGAGCAAGAAAUUGGAAGGGAGCAAUUAAAUCGCAAUUUUGGUGAGGAAAGAGCAAGGCAAAUGUUUAAUGACAUUUUUGCGGAGGAAUUAUUGAGAGGUAGAGAAGGAGAAGUUCCGCCUUCUAAUCAAAAUAGAGGAGAAGGCAGUUUUAAUC